AGCCAUCUAAACAGACUGCUGAGCUUCAGGAAGAAGAAUCUUCCUUCCCUCCCCUGGGCCCCCUAGCAUGAGGGAACUGUUCAACCCCUCAAACCAGGCCUUCUGGGGGGAGCGAAUAAAGAAGGAGGUGGUUGCUCGGACCACCUGGAAUGCUCACUACGGACACAAGUACCUGAAACAAGGGUCCAAGACCAGGAAUCAGUCCUGGCAGGCCCCCAUUGGGUCAGACUUGAAAGCAGGCCCAGUGCCUUCUGCAGGCUCUCCUGUCAGAAAAGAGGCACAAACAGGAUGGUCAGAGACCAGUGGGGUCCAGGGAAGCAGAGUGAGGCAGGCCAGAAGAGGUCUUCAGCACACAGCAGCUCAGGGCAGGCCAGAGGACUUAGAAAUGAAGCCUCCCACCCCAGCCACUCUGAAGCUGCUCUUCCAAGGCAUCUCCCAUGACGGCCAGGGUCGGACCCUGUACCUCAAGGAGCGGCAUCAACUGAUACCAGAGAAGAAGUACAAGUACCCGAUGGUGUCUUCCUGGGAAUAUGGCUGGCAUGUGGGGGAUGUCAUGAAGGACUACAGGACACCAGCUCAUGCCAAAACUCAUCCUAUCACAAAGUCAUUUUACAUCAAAAAUGGCAUUUUCCCUAAUCCACGGCGAUCAGAUGACAUCAUGUGACUUGGCUUGGGAAAGGCCUCAGUGGCUCCUUUUCCCCUAUCAUCCAUCUGCACCAGCCAGAUGGAAGAUGUUGUGGCCCAGCCCUACCUCACUCCGUGUGCCGCUGAGCCCCGCCUGCUUGGGAGAGAUGGACCUGAAGAAGUGACCACAGACAUACACCUCUGGGGAGUACUGUCAUCCUAUGUUGGGGCUCCUGUCUAUACACAGAGAACUCCGCUCCUUGCAAAGCUGCCCCCACCCUACCAUCCAUCACCAGUACUGCUGCUCCUUUUCCUGGGGAGAUCCAGUGCCGCAUCAGCAGGCCUGGACAGGGGAGGAGCUUGCUGAGCCUGCAAGGUGCUUAGGAGAGCAGCCAUCUCUUACUGUAUAUCUUUCUGCAUUAGACUGAUGGUGUCGACAGCAGAGUUGUUCUGUCCCAAUGUAUCCUCCAAUUCAGGGAAGAACUUGCUACCUCCUCUGGCUGCUUCCCUCGCCCCUCAGAGCCUGCAUCAGUCAGAGAUGCCCUGCUCCUAAGUCCCAACUGUUUAAGCAAAUAAAGAUACAUUU